AGACUGCCACCAGCAUCAGAUUUCUGUGUGUAUGUGUGUGUGAGUGAGGCAGAGAGGCACUCCUUUUGCAGAGAGAGAGAGACAGAGAGAGAGAGGGGAGAGAAGUCCAGAAAGCUUUGGAGCAUUGAAAGAAGAAAGAAGAGUCGCUGCUGCCACAUUUCCACUCUCCACAACCAAAAACAAAGUGAAUACUCCUGCUUGAAAAAGUUUAGAAAGAAGCGGCCAUGGACGGGAUAACAUUAGGACGCGCGUCGCUCUUGUGCACCUUGCUGCUGUGGGCAUUUCAAGUUUGUAGCGGGGCUGUGACCGUGAAGGUGGCUCCUAAAGUGGAGGUGUUGAAAGGAGAGACUGCCAAACUUCCCUGCACAUACACCGUCUCACCGCAGUCGAGCAGCACUGUCAUUGAGUGGUACAUUGAGGAGCAGGGUAAAAGGCAGCGUGUGGCUUUCUCUCAGGGUGGCCAGGGAAAGGCUGAUGACGGCACCCCUCUGACUGGCCGCGUCACCAUCGGAGCAGACGCCACCUUGACCAUCUCCGCUGUUCAACCCUCCGAUGAGCUCGUCUACUACUGCCAGGUCACUGGUGGGCCCUCUGGGGUUGGAGAUGGCGCCACUAUGCUCAAAGUCUUCUUUGCUCCUGAGAAGCCAGAACUCACGAAACCACGUAGUCAGGCCAUUUCUGUGGGAGGGACUACCAGCUCUGAGAUUGGUACCUGUGUGACGAUGAACGGACAUCCCCAGCCAAGAAUCAUCUGGUACAAAGAUGACCAGCCCCUUGCUGAGGUCAAGGAUAAGAACGAGAGCCCCCACAUGGUUCCCUCUAUGGUGAAGGAGGCCUCCGGUCUCUUCACUGCAAAGAGCAUCCUGUACAUGCAGCCCACCAAGGCAGACAAGGACUCUGUGUUCCAUUGUGUCGUGGAGUACAGCAUGCCAGGAGACGAGAUCAAACAGAAGAUGUCCGACACCAUCACCAUCGAACUCAACUAUCCCUCUGAGAAAGCGACCUUUUCCCUACUCAACACUGAUCCGGUCAAAGAGGGCGAUGUUGUUAACAUGAAGUGUGAGACUGAUGGAAACCCUCAGCCUGAGUUUGACUUCAGUAAAGACGGGAAAGACAUCACUGGUCAGGAAGGGCUCCUGACGCUGAAAUCUGUCAAGCGCACAGACAGUGGUUUGUACAAGUGCACAGCUAUAGAUUUCGAUAACCUGGACGCUGACCUGACUGGAACCAUCACCCUCAAUGUCAACUACAUCGACCCGGUGAGCGUGACCCCUGCCCAACCUCAAGUCGUCAUGCUCGGAGACAACGUGGAGUGGCAGUGCAAGACCAAGGCCUCAACCUCGCACACUGUCCAGUGGAAAAAGGGUUCUGAGGUGCUGUCACAGGACGGCACGCUGUCAUUAAAGGGUGUUUCCUAUGAUCAAGCUGGAGAGUACAUGUGCGUUGGAGCCGUGCCAUCUGUGCCAGGACUGACGACCGAGGCUAGUGUUAACCUCACUGUCAAAGGAAAGCCUAUGAUCGAGGCUCCAGCCAUUGGAGAGGUGGGGAAGGAAGGAGACAUGGUGACUCUGAAGUGCUCAGCCCACGGCUCUCCUGCCCCUCAGUUCACCUGGAAGCCCUCAGGAAAAGAGUCAGUAUCAGUGGAAGGUAACAAGGCAGUAAGCACCGUGACCCUACAAGCCACUGCCGAGGUCAUGAAGAACGGGGUGACCUGCGAGGUCUCCAAUGACCACGGAACAGAUAGCAAGACCAUCCUGGUAUCUCUCAAAAGAGCAAUUGACAACUCGGCCGACAGAGCUGACAAGCAGCAGGGAGGCUCCAGCGGGGUGGUCAUAGCCGUGGUGGUGUGUGUUCUGCUGCUCCUGCUGCUGGUGGCUCUCAUCUACUUCCUGAACAAGAAGAGCAAGCUGCCCUGCGGCAAGAAGGACAAGAAGGAAGUGGCCAGCGGAGAGGUGAACAACGACAUUGUGGUGGAGAUGAAGACAGACAAGGCCAACGAAGAGGCCGGUCUCCUCAACAAGAGACCGUCCACAGAACAGUGAUGAAAGAGGACAAUGAAAGUAACCGACAGAGGGAUGAAGGGAAGGAGGAGAACAAUUAUGAAGACAACAGGGCUAAUUUUUAUUCACUACACAAGACUGGGGGACAACAUGAGGUGGAACAUGGACUUUGGUUUGUUUUGGGGACCUUGGGCGACACACUAUGUCUGUUAUCAGUUGUGCUUGUUUUAUAACCUGGAGUAGACUUUUUUGGAUGGAGGUUUUCUUUUUGUUUUUGUUUUUUUUGUUAAAGUGACAAGGUGGCCUGUUAAGGUGAAACUCCAUCCAUAUGUGCUACCACAGGUUUAAAACCAUACACGUGCAAAAUCACAAUGUGACAUCACUGGAUGACAUUAUUAUUAUUAUUAUUGUUAUUAUCAUGGCUUCUUUUGAUUCUUCCUCACCAAUUGCAUCUUUGAUUCGACUCCUCUGCAGAGUAGAGCUGCACAGCGAGGCACGGCUGGCACAGUCCAAACACUGUGGCAGAAUCUUUCUUAUCUACCCCAAAUGAAACACAAAAUGCCAUUAAGCCACAGUGUUGCUCUGGACUGUGUGCCAGCGUGCAAGUGUUACACUGAACGUCUACUCUGCCUUGGAGUCUGCACUUAAAUUCUGUGCUCUCUGAAAUGUCACAUGGUGCCAUUCUGUUUUUAUUCACCUCAGUAACAAGCGAUGAUUUACGCUCACAACAUUUAAUCCCUCGGCAGCACGCUGUUUGGCACACACGGCUGUAACAUUUCCGCUCAAAGACACUCUGUGUUUGCUUUAGUGCUGUUUGUUUAAUUGCAUUUUUGCCACCUGUGAAUGUUUGUGUUUUUUUUCUUCCCCCCAUAUCCUUAAUUAGCUUUCCGUAGAAGCAGCCCAGGCAUUUAAUAACGCCAAUCCUUUCUCUUAAAUUGCUUGCCUUUUUUUUUUUUUUUUAAA